CGCCUCGGGGCGCCUCUGCUGUGCGCCUGGCCGCCUUCGGGAGAGCAGAGCGCGGCAGCCGCCGGCCGGGCGGAUUCUGGCUAUGCGGGGAGGCGACUGAACACGAGUGGAUGCAAUACCCUACUCCAGGAUGAAUGAGUGCCACUAUGAUAAACGGAUGGACUUUUUUUACAACAGGAGUAAGACACACACAGCAGAUGAAUGGUCAGGGACAACUCUUGUCAUUGUUUUAUGCUUUGGGACUUUUUUCUGCCUCUUCAUUUUCAUCUCAAAUUCAUUGGUCAUAGCUGCUGUGGUCAAAAACAAGAAGUUCCAUUUCCCCUUCUACUAUUUGCUAGCCAAUCUAGCUGCUGCGGAUUUUUUUGCUGGUAUUGCUUAUGUAUUCUUGAUGUUCAACACUGGUCCAGUGUCUAAAACAUUAACUGUUAACCGGUGGUUUUUGCGCCAAGGACUUUUGGACACCAGCCUGACGGCUUCUUUGGCCAAUUUACUAGUCAUUGCUGUUGAGCGGCACAUGUCUGUGGUGCGAAUGAGCAUUCAUAGUAACCUCACAAAGAAGAGAGUCACCUUUUUCAUUUUGUUGAUAUGGGCUGUAGCUAUUUUCAUGGGUGCAGUACCCACCUUGGGCUGGAACUGUCUCUGUGACAUUUCAACAUGUUCUUCCUUGGCACCUAUUUACAGCAGGAGCUACCUGAUAUUCUGGACAGUCUCCAAUCUGGGGGUUUUCUUCAUCAUGGUGGUGGUAUACAUCAGAAUCUACAUGUAUGUCCAGAGGAAAACAAAUGUUUUAUCUCCUCAUACUAGUGGAUCCAUGAGCCGCAGAAGGACUCCAAUGAAGCUUAUGAAGACUGUUAUGGCUGUAUUAGGUGCCUUUGUUGUGUGCUGGACUCCUGGCCUCGUAGUUUUGCUCCUUGAUGGCUUGAAUUGCACUCAGUGUGAGGUUCAGAAUGUGAAGAGAUGGUUCCUUCUAUUGGCUCUGCUGAACUCUGUCAUGAAUCCAAUUAUUUACUCUUACAAAGACGAUGAGAUGUCCAGUACUAUGAGGCGCAUGAUCUGUUGCUUAACGGAGAAGAACCAGGAGCGACUGUCUUCCAGGAUCCCUUCCACGGUGCUCAGCAGGAGCAUAGAUUCUUCCAGUCAAUACCUAGAGAAUGGCAUCAGCCAGGGGACUAUUUGUAGCAAAGCCAGCACAUGAACUGUUCUGCAUUUGUCCUUAAGAUGUGGACUGCGGCAGUGGCAAGCGAGCUCUGAAUCAGCUGAAACCACUGAACCCUGAAACCACAGAAGAAUUUGUUCUCUCUGUACCAAGCCCUCCAAUCUCAAAGUUACUUCACAUCCUUCCAAAUAUUUACCAGAUUUUUUAAAAAGGAACUUUUGAAGAGGUAAAACAGAAUACGAGAGUACUUUUGCUAGAUGAAGGGUGAGUUUAUAAACCCAGAAACACAGCACAAGCAACAUGUAUGGAACUUCUGCUUCUCUCAGCUAGUUGAUAAACCUGUGUCUGGGCUGUACCAUUUCUAACUUUGAAAUAGGCUGACAUAAUU